GCCUCUACAGUGGCGGUGGUAACGUUGGUCUUAUCUAGCCACCACUAUUGCUGCUGUUGCUGUAUAACUUUGAGCUUGUUGAGGGCUGUCACAUGACGGAAUGUGCUAAGUAGAUAGAUAUGUGUGUAGCAGAAGAGAUCGGGCCUACUGUGACCGAGAGUAUGAUGUGGCGUUUCUUUUUCCAUACCAACUGAGCUGCGUUCGUCAGUAAAGGCGACUUCUGAGAAACGGAGAUAUUAUUCUAAUUUCCGUUCCUUUUCGUUUUUCUAUCCACACUGACAACAAUACGCAGCGUUCCUGUAUCCAGUCUAGUUUUAAAAAGGACUUGAGUGUGAAAGGGAAUUUGGCAAGAUGGCAGCAAUGACAGAAGAGAUAGGACUUUGCAGGAAUUAAUCGCUGCCAUCACCAUAGCACGCAGUGACUGUACGCUUUUAUCCGUGGCAGACAGCUUCAGUGUGAUGACGUUUUACCAGGUUCUCCGUGGCUAUUGACGAGGAGGUUCAAACUGGUGUAUUCAGUUGCCUUGCAUCAAUGCGGGAUUUGAUCUUGUACGCGCAAGGUAGGAAUGUGUAAUCCGCUCAUUGAUGAACCAACUCGUGCUACACAGUAGAUUACUCGUGAACGAACUGCAGUCACUGUACUGUUGUCAUCAACAUUGCUCCAGGCGAGGAGAAAUACGACGAAUAUGCAGGCGAGGAGAAAUACGACGAAUAUGCAGCAACCCGUUUUGAACUGUUGCGAUUGUCAAAUGUAAAGUCGCUGUGGCUUGCAUAUGGAGCCAGGGAGAAUAGUCAUCGUUUAUUAGUUAUGGUGUUAAGACAUUUAUAAUAGUCCACGAGUAAUACGUUUGAAAUAUAUCCUGAUCAGCAUAGCGGUGCUUUUUUUGCUACUAGAGGAUUUUCUCAAUUCACGCGGAGUUGAUAGURACCCUUGGGGACUGCUGGUCUGGAAUAGCAACAAAGGCGGGGGCGCGCAUUCACGGAAUGUGAAUUUGACAACUCUCCACUACUUAUCUACUGACCUUAUCAGCGGGCAGCAGGGACGUGCGAGUGACUGAAGGAGAGAUGGCCGAGGUUCCAGCGCCCAGCAUUCACACUGAGUUGGACGUGGCCAUAGAYCCAGACUUCGAGCCACAGAAACGGCCACGAUCGUGCACAUGGCCGCUGCCCCGACCCGAGUCCAAUUCUGGGAAACCAGAGAGCAAUGACACUGACAUUAUACCCGAGGAAGAGGAUGACGAAGAGGAACAACAUGCCACUUCCAUGGCCAUCAACGUCAAUGGCACCGGCUCCAGCCUGGGAGCAGACGACCAGAACAGCAACAGCCCUACGGCCGAAGGACUGCUGUCCAGACAGGAAAAUGGAGGCUCCCCGCUCCCCUCCCAGUCCCCCACAGCCACUUCUGGCACACUCAGCACCAGCAGCCCGGGGGCGCAGACUGCACGGAAGUCCUCGUCGCGCAGAAACGCGUGGGGGAAUCUCUCAUAUGCUGACCUGAUAACCAAAGCCAUAAGCAGCACGCCAGACAAGAGAUUGACUCUGUCUCAGAUUUAUGAGUGGAUGGUGAGAUGUGUGCCGUACUUCAAAGACAAAGGUGACAGUAACAGCUCAGCUGGGUGGAAGAACUCCAUCCGGCACAACCUCUCCCUCCACAGUCGUUUCAUCCGUGUCCAGAACGAGGGAACGGGAAAAAGUUCCUGGUGGAUGAUAAACCCGGAGGGAGGGAAGGGCGGGAAGGCCCCCCGGCGCCGUGCUGUCUCAAUGGACAACAGCAACAAGUACACCAAGUCUGCCCGCGGCCGCGCAGCCAAGAAGAAGGCGGCCCUGCAGGCAGUGGCGGCAGGCGAGGGGAGCGGAGACAGCCCCUCAGGGCUUUCCAAGUGGCCGGGCAGCCCCACAUCACGGAGCAGUGAGGACCUGGAUGCCUGGACAGACUUCCGCUCACGCACCAACUCCAACGCCAGCACGCUGAGCGGGCGCCUCUCGCCCAUCCUGGCGAACCCAGAGCUGGACGAGGUGCCGGACGAUGAACCGCCGCUGUCGCCCAUGCUAUACUCCAGCCCUGGCAGGGCGCUGUCGCCCGGGAACCCUCCCACGCCCAAUGGGAAGGCAGUGCCCGCAGAGCUGCCUCGUUUGGCAGACCUGGCAGGAACCAUGAACCUGAACGAGGGGCUGGCGGAUGACCUGAUGGAUGAGCUGCUGGAUAACAUUACUCUGGCCCCCAACCCAACCGGACCGACCGCCCAGAGAGGAUCCACCGGGUUCAGCUUUGGCUCCAAGCCUGCCGGGCUGGGUUCCACCUCCUCAGCCGCCUCUCCCUCCGCUGCAUCCCCCUCUAAUGGUGCAAGCAGCGGCGGCUACAAUAAUUCCAUCUUCGGGCCUCUCGCAGCGGGUUCCUCCCUGCGGCCCGCCCCCAUGCAGACCAUCCAGGAGAAUAAGCAGACGUCCUUCUCCUGCAUCUCCCGCUUCGGCAGCCAGACCUUGCAGGACCUGCUCAACUCAGAGGGCCACAGCCACAGCGACGUCAUGAUGACCCAGUCCGAUCCGCUGAUGUCACAGGCCAGCGCCGCCGCCGUCAUCUCCCAGAACUCCCGGCGAGGCCUCAUGCUCUGCAGCGACCCCAUGAUGACCUUUGGGACCACGGUUGCUGGACAGGGAGGGCAGGGAGGUCUCUUGCACCCCCACAACCACAACCAGGGCUCCCUGAGGACCCUGAACGGGGGUCUGAGCCUGAACAACGAGGCCAACAUCAAGCAGCAGCUCCUGCACUCUCCACUGAGACUUGGAUCCAACGGCUCCUCUAUGAUGCAGAUUGAUUCGUCUCUCUUCCUGAACGGGAGCGCUGGUGGCAGUGGUGGGAUCUGCUCGCUAGGGCCCGACCGCUUUCCCACUGACCUGGACUUGGACAUGUUUAACGGGAGCCUGGAGUGUGACAUGGAGUCCAUCAUUAGAAACGAGCUGAUGGAUGCAGAUGGCCUGGACUUUAACUUUGAGUCUCUGGCCAACCUGAACGGAGCCAACCUUGGCAGCUUCACCAGCACCAAGCAGGGACCCCAGAGCUGGGUCCCUGGCUGAGAGAAAGGCCACACCCUAGAGGGUGCAGA